GUCGCUAUUUACCAUAAAAAACACGUGAAACCCACGUGUUAAUAUUUCGCCAAAUAUUUUCGCCAAAUAUUUUCGCCAAAAAGAUAUCCCGCCUAACUCUGUUCCCACGCCCUGCUCCCACGCCCUGCUCCACGAUUUUCUCCCUCAAACAACCGACUAAACCCUCACUCUCAACAAUCAACUGCUCUCUACUCUCAACAAUCAACUGCUCUCUGAAACAUUCCUAGAGAAUCGCUCAAGCUUUCGGAAUCCCCUCAAUUUCGUCGGUAAAUCCUCAAAUUCGUCCACAGUUUGUAGCAAUAAUCUCAUUCCUCUCAAUAUUUAAGGAUUGAAAUCCCAGCUGGUUAAUUCGUCUUCAUAAUUGCCCAAACAAAACCAUCUCAAGCAUCUAUAAAUUAGUGUUUUUUUCUGGAGAAAUUCGUUCGUGGGUUGUAGAAUUACAGCUAGUUUGUUUUUUCAGAUAGAUUCGCCCAAUUCAAUCAAGAAAUUCUUGAAGGUUUGUUUAUUUUUUUACUUUUAUCUGCGGAAUUUGUGUGUUUGAUUUUUUUUAAUUCAUACUGAUAGUAAUUUUCUUGCAAUUUAACAGAUUUAUGCAAGAAUUCAACAUAUUGUUUUUAUGUUUUAAUUUAGGGUUAAUAUGUAGUUAGUUUCGAUCAAGGCUGUAUUUUAAUUACUUUUUAAUUUCUAUUGGUUUUCUUAGUCAUUUAUAUUGCAUAUAGAUUCUAGUUGUUUUAUAUUUCUGCUUAUUACAACAGAGAUGCUGAUGUUGUUGUUUAAUUGCUGUUUAAAUUUCAAUGCUUUUACAAAAUCAUCAAUAAUAAUUCACUUGCACAGUUGUGAUUUGCGUUGGCCGAGUUUUUCAUAGAACCGUAGCUUAAAUUUCCACCCCUUUAAUUUUUAUUCUCUGUUUUGGGUGGGAUUUUUGUUGAUGAGCUUCUGCGAUUGCGGUGGUGUUGGUAACUGCAGACUGUUGUGCGGUAUGUUGUGUUGUUAUCCGGGUUGCCUCUACAUUUAUGUUCUUAUUGCCAAUUGUGCUUUUGCAAAUGCAUCCUGUGAAGGUUUAGGAUUUACUAUCUUUCUCAAUUUCAACGUUGCUAGCUACUAAAGCCAAUACUAUGGCCCGUGAAUUUGUUUUGGGUAUUCCCCCUCCGACCUCUUAUUAAUCAAACCGAUUAGUUUGUGGGUGGUUUCAUUGGAUGUGAUUUUUUAUAUUUUACUCCUGUUUAUAACAUCUUAUAUGGUUGAAUUUCCCAAGAUUUUUCUUGCAUUUGGUGAUUUCUGACUGAAUAUAAAUGCAUAUUGUUGUUUUGAUAGGUUAUCCUAACCCACAAUAGGUAAGCUGUAUAUAACUAGACUCUGCAAUAUUUGUGAAUACUGGGAAAAUAAAUUUACCUUAACUAGUAAUACAAAAGCAAAGUAAUCAGUUAACAAGAGAUUAGACUCUAGAUAUUAGGUAAUUUCAUUAGACUUAGAUGCUACUGCUAGUUAAGGUACAUUUAUUUUCCCAGUAUGACGUUCUGCAAUGAGAUGUAAUUACCUCAGUAUGACGUUAUGCAAUGAGUUGUAAUUACCUCAAGAAAAGCCCAAAUUUCCUCGAAAAGUUCCUUUAAAAUCACAAAAAUAAUUAGAAAACAUCCCAAAACUAGUUGUAUUCUGCUUUCUGUGUGGGAGGAUGGUUUUCCAUAUAUUUUUCCAAGGUUCAGCUUCAAAUAUUAUUAACCUCUUUAAUCCGUACUGAAUUUCUGUUUCAGAGAAAUAAAUUAUCUAUAAAUUUCUCGUAAAUUAACCAGGGUUCUUUAGCAUUGGAUAUAGGAAGACUAGCAGGAGGAUAUGGAAUGGGUGCCUUCUCCUAUGUGGUACCUGUUUACAUUGCGGAAAUAUCACCUGUAAAUCUCCGAGGAGCACUUACAACAUUAAACCAGGUCAUGAUCUGUACUGGCGUCUCAGUGGCGUUUAUAAUAGGGAUAGUUUUAUCAUGGAGGACUUUAGCAUUAACUGGACUUGUUCCAUGUGCUGUUCUGCUUUUGGGUUUAUGCUUCAUUCCAGAAUCUCCAAGAUGGAUGGCGAAAAUAGGAUCUCAAAAGGAGUUUGAAGCUGCAUUUCAGAAACUUCGUGGCAAGGAUGCAGAUAUAACCCAUGAGGCUGCUGAGAUUCAAGAUUACAUAGAAGAACUCGAAAAGAUGCCCAAAGCUAAUAUGUUUGACUUGUUUCAAAAGAGGUAUCUACGUUCUGUAACGGUAACUCUUGAGAUCCCUUGGGUCAAGUGGGAAGAUGGGUGGACAUGGGAAGUGAAGGCACAAUUGAUGGAAGCUGUUGAGUGGCCUCAAAAGCACCAGGAUGCAUUCGAGCGAAUUGGAACCUGCCCACCAACAAGAGUGUUGUUGUUUGGUCCCCCCUGGAUGCAGCAAAACGCUCAUGGCCCGUCCUGUAGCUUCUGAGGCAGGACUGAAUUUUCUGGCUGUCAAGUGUCCAGAGUUAUUCAGCAAGUGGGUUGAUGAAUCUGAGAAGGCUGUUAGAUCUCUUUUUGCCAAAGCAAGAGCUAACGCGCCAUCAGUUAUAUUUUUUGAUGAAAUAGACAAUCUUGUUGU